AUGGUGCGAACGUGAGUAUUUUAUUUGUUUAGCUCUGAAUAUUCAUUCAAUAUGCUUACAAUUUCAAAAAUAUGAAAAUAUCGUGAUAUUCAUGCAUUUUUUGAUGAAAAUUGACAUCCGGAUCAUAUUUUGAUCAAAAAUUGAAUACACACCCACUCUUUUAUGACAUUAAAAGUUGUCGGAUGAACAACACAAAAGAGGUGCGCAUUUGUGGUAUAUGAUUGUGGGGCGCAAAAAAGGAUGAUGUUGUUGCUAAACUGGUCUUUUUCAUCGUAUUCUGCGUCUCUUGCUAAUUUUUUCCAAAUCGUGCAUGUCUGUUGAAUGAAUAAGAGACGCAGAGAAGCAAGCGCAUGCACAGCUGGACCUUUUCACUAUUUCGUUGGAUCUUCUUGUCUUAUUAUUUUUCUCAUUCGGUUUAUUUAUUUGUUUCUUUUUGCCUCUAUUGACACAUAGAUGUGGUUUGUUUUGUUUGGCUCUAGCCAAAUAUUUUAUUUGUUUUACAAAAGUUUCGGUUCGUCUUACUUUUUGAAACCAUAGAUUGUCGCUGUUACUUUUCAAGCUCUUUCCAUCCUUCUAAAUUAGAUUACCCUUUCACUUUUCUUCAGCAUCAUUACACUUGUCUUUCAUUUUUUUUACAAUUUUCCCUCAAAUCCGACCUUGUCAUUUUUCUGUAACCUAAUAGUUUUCGGGUUUAUUGAAACUUUUAAAAUCUCCCGUAUAUACAUUUAUUUACUUAUUCAUAUAUGUGUAUAUAUUUGCAAGAGAACAAAAGUUCACACGAGAUUGGUGACCAGUGGCCGGAAAUUUCAUGAAUACACUCGAAAAGCACUCGAAUAGAAGAAGAAAAAACAUUGACAAAAUUGGUUAUUGAUUUUCAGAAAAAUAUAUAGUUUAUUCAUAAGUGAAGUGACAUAUUUUAUUGAAAAAUAGAAAUCCUGAAAUUUUUAUCAAAUCAGCUGAGAUUUAUCUUUUUUCUUUCACUGUAUAAUUAACAAUCAGGUUGAGGAUAUAAAAAUGAGGGCAAAAACUAGACAGAUGGAUGGAAUUUCAUGAAUGAAAAGAAAAAAGGCGCAUCGUUAUUAUUAUUAGAAUAAUAAACAACAAUGAUUAACAAAAUGUGUAAUAGUUACCUGUUUUUUUUUCAUUGGAAUUCUUUCUUGUAGUUGACUUUUUCUUGAUUAUGCUUUCCCCUUCUUUUUUCUCGCUAUCGAUCUUUUCUCGAUUCAUCCAGUUACAGUUGUAAGUAGUGUAUUAUUCGUGUUUUUGUGUGUUAUCAUAUGAUUGUUGUGAUGGUAUCAUGUGAUUUUCAAAAUUCGAGAAAAAUGAAACAUUACACAUUUUUUGUGUCAAAUCUUCUCAUUUUCAUUUAUUUAUUGUUGUAACGUAACAACGAAGCGUUAAUAAUUCAUGUUCGAUUUAUUUCCGGUGAUUUUUUUUAGUUUUUCAGUACUGGCUUAGCAUUAUCCUCUUACACAUUCUUUGAAAAUCAUACUUGAUCAAUUAUUCAGUUUUUACUUUCUAGCAAACAUGUUUUUCUCUGGAGAGACUUCAAAUUUAGCUAAAUACCUUUUUUCUAUUUAUUAGACUGGAGUUUGAAACAAAUGAGCUCUGUUACAGGCAAUUUCCAGUAUCAGCCCUUAUAGACUUAGCUAUUCGUUGUUUUUUCUCAAAAAACAUCAUUUUUGUCCGAAUCAAAAAACUUUAGUUUUUCGACAACAAUAAUUACCUCACGAAAAUCAUACCCAAAUUCGGGUCACAUUCUAAAUAAUUAUUGUCUCUCUGGUUAUAUUUUAAAGAAAAAAUGAGUGGUGUCUGUGCCCUUGAACAUACAAUGUUCGUGUUUAUGACGUGUCUGCUGUUUGUAUGAUUUUCUAUUUACACAGAUUGUCUCAAAAGUAGUGGUAACUUGAAGAAGGAUUAUUCAGCUUUUUUGUAUGUAGAAAAAGUGUUUUCCACUUGAUCCAUCAUUUGUUUUUCUUCAUAAUAGUAUUGUUGUUUGAAGACUGUCGGACGGGACAGUAAAGCAGCCGUCACCGGUUUCAAUUACCUAUUAUUUGCACUGUGUCCUAUAUUCAGCCUAGUCGUAAUAAGAGGAUAAUAUAAAGAAUAAUAAUAAACUACUUACUUACUUACUUUAUUUUAUUUUCUGACCGGCUGGUAAUAAUGCUAUUGUUACGAUCGGCCUUGAUAUAUUUUCUCAGUUAGUCUUCCCUUAUUUGUGCUAAUUGGGUUAUUUUUCAUUGCGCGAAUUCAUAUUUAUUCGGUCAUAUUUCGAUUUUAUUUCUAUUGAAUUCACCGGACGACAGGUGCGAAUAAUUAAAAUUCAGCCUAUUCACCAGGUGCCAAUGAAACCACCUGUCAAAAUCCAUUUUUCUCUUUGUCAGUCGAACUUUGUUCCAGUUGUAGUCGAGUCACUAUAUCAAUAGGAUCAUGCGUCAUAUUUGUGCAAGUUGGUGGCACUGAGUAAAUGCUCUUUUUCCGCCUCUUGCCGUCUUUUUUCCGCAUAGUCUAGCUUGUUGAACGAACAGUUUUUUGGCUGCUUUCCGCGUGUGCCUGUAUACUCACUGACUUGUUGACAUUAGCUUUUUCCUCAUUUUGUCUUCAUUUUAGUGUAUUUCUUCCAUCUUUGAGGUUAGAAGACAACACAUUUGGAAGUUGUUCUCUUCCAAUUUCUCAAGUUGAUUAUGAAUUCAAGUUUUUUUUCUAUUACCGGCAUCGUUUUGUUUUAUUCGAUAAAUAAGUGGAUUUUCGUUCGUAUUCUCUUGAAGGUUUAUUUCUAUCCGCUUUAUUUCUAAUAUGAUAAAUUAUAUUCCCUUUUUAUUUAAAAAUAUUGUUUUUUCCCUAGAGUGUCCACAAUUACCAGUUAUUAACUUGAUUUCUGUGAGAAUAUUUAGCCUAGGUAAAAAUAAAUACUUGACAAAUUUCAUACUAGUCGAAAAAUACUUUGAAGAAUUAUUCAAGAGCUAUAUUUUUUACUUCCUACCUUAUCAAAUGAGCUCACUGCUCAUGCGUAUAAGAAAAAAAACUAGAUUUUCUCGAUGACUUUGCACAAUGACAAUCAAGGUGUUGUAUUUAUUGUACAUACAAUAAAACAUUUUACGCGCCUUUUUCAAAGUGCGUGGCAGAAUAGUUUUAUGCAAAUAUAUAUUUCAGUGGUAAGUAGUCUAGUCUAGUUUUUUUCUCUCUUUCUUAUUUGACAAAAUUUGACUAAUCCUAUGAUUUUGUCCAAUUGACCCAUAAAAUUUUGUGCGUCAUAAAAUUAUGAGUCAACUUUUUUUGCCAGAAAAGUUAUUGUAAUAUAAUAUAUCUAUGAUCUGUUGUUCCCGCCCCAUCUUUUUUUGUUGCAUCGAUCAUCAUCAUCAACAGAAGUAUCAUUUGUCAGAUGAGAGUUUCCGUUCUGUUGGCCAGAGCAGAUUUUCUUUGUUUUCUCGUUGUUUUUUUAGGCUCCCUUUUGUCAUUUUCAUUCUAAAAUUUAAAACGUUUGUUUUUAUUGGCUAUACUAGACGCAUUGUUUUUUCAAACAUAAUAUUUACAAGUUAUUCGUCUUUUUGAUAACAUUUUGUUUUUAUUUUUAAUCAAAAGUGGAAAUUGAUAAAGCUAAUAAACUUCUGCUUGAAAGAGCAAUAUAACAAAAAUAAAUAUUUGACCAGUUUUUUUUCAAUCGAAAUUGAGAAUAAAUAAUAAAACAGUCAGUUCUAUGUGUUUUUUUCCAAUUUCACGCAUGUCUGACUCACAGGUCGUCCUUGAAAAAAUUUCUCACUUUUGAAAAGGCGCGACCCUGCGCACGUCCAAAGUUCGAUUCAGGUCUUCAAGGCUAUUUAUUUUCACUGAUGAUCUAAUAAUAAAUGACUUUCAUCCCAUCCCGCUCGCAGCUUUUCCCCUCUUCUUUUAUUUUUUUGGUCAUGCAUUGUCAGCGACCUUGAAAUAACAUACAUACAUAAAAAAUGAAAGAUAAACGUGUUUUUGUCUUUCUUUUUUCUCAAAUUGGGAGGAUGAUGCAUAUUUUUUUCGUAAUUAGCCAAAUUUUGUGGUCAACAAAAAUUAAAAUUGUGUCGCUCAUUGAUCAAAAUGUUUAUAUAUUUAUUUUAUUCGAAAUAAAAAUAUAAACACUUUUAAAAGUUUAUAGUUUUUCGUGUACAUCGAUCAUGUGGUUUUGUAUUGUUUUUAUCUUUUCGUCUCUCAUCUCUUUUCCUUGUUUUUUUUUCGCAAUCAACAAUGUUAUUUCCUUUCAAUUGAAUGAAUCAUUUCAACAUGUGUACUGAGAGGCUAUUCAAAUGCAAAUAUUAUUUUGUAACUAUUUGGUAUCACACUUUUCUUUGUCAAUUCCAAAUGACAUCAAACUGUAGUUGGACUUUUCUGAUAAAAUAGCAUUCUCUAAUUGAAAUUCGAAAAUUGCGCUCGAAUCGUAUCCAUUAUAUAAAAUUAUGGAUUUAUUAUGAAAAACUUCUAUUCGAUCAAAGCGCAAAUAAUUCAACUCAGCUGUGCCAAAAAAAUCUCCAUUUUCUUUUACUUGGAACUAGAAAUAUUCCAUUCUGUUUAUCAAACAACAUUUGGUUCAGUUAUUAUUAAUCCCUUCUAGGAAUUUUUGAAAGGAUAAUCUCCACCCCUUCGAUUUCCAUAAUUUAAUAUUCUAUCUCGGGUUUUCUUGAAUUAUUCUGAAUUCUCUUCAAAAUUGGAAAUUUUAUCCGAUCCGUUUUAGGCGUUCCAUCUUCUUUUUCUCACUUCAAUUAUCCUUCUUCUUCUUCUUCCAACUUUUAUAUUCUUUCCCCUCAUUCUUUUGUGUCUCUUUUUCCGGUCGAUUUAAUUCCGCCCUUUUCAAAUGAGUAUUUAUUUACUAGUUUUUCAAUACUUUGUUAGUUGUUAUCGUUUUAACAACAAAAAUGCUCCUGCUUAUCUAUUUUUUGUUGCUGGGAAAAGGCAAAAGUUAAUUUUUCAAUUGCAAACGGCAGACGAUUGAACUUUUCAGUAAAAAAUCAGGUUUUUUUCUUGUCAUCAUCAUCUCGUGAUCCCAUCUGAUCUUGAAAAUUUGCACUUUUUUGUUCUAACAAAGUACAAAUUGUCAUGUGAAUAGGGGUUUUUUUUCAAUCCUUCCCAUCCGACCGCCCUUUUUUUGUAUUUCAUUUGAUUUUUUGCAUUUUUCAAUAGUUGAUUAUUUGCAGAUCAAGAAGAAUGGCUCAAAAAGCGGAUUUAUCGAUUGAAGCGGCUGGUGCAGCAACAAAUGGUGCGAAACCGAAUCCGCCAUCACCAAAAUCUCGAUUGGCCAUGUUGAAAAGAACCAAGAAAAGUUAGUAUUUUUCGCAGAAAAAACAUUUGUAAAAAUUUACCAAUUACUGAUAAAAUAGUUCAUCAGACAUUCGGGAGACUUUCUUUUUAUUCAUAAAACAUUUUUUUCUAGCUUCAAAUGCUUCAUCGGAUCCAUUUCGCUUCCAAAACAAUGGAAUAACCUACAAGGGAAAAUUGAUUGGAGAGCAAGAUGUUGAUAAAGCUCGUGGUGAUGCAAUGUGUGCUGAAGCAAUGAGAAAUGCAAAAGGAAUUGUGAAAGCUGCUGGUGCUCACAAAACUCGAAUCAGUUUGCAAAUCAAUAUUGAGGGAAUCAAGAUUCUUGAUGAAAAAAGUGGAGCCAUUCUUCAUAAUUUCCCUGUUUCGAGAAUCUCUUUCAUUGCACGUGACUCGACUGAUGCACGCGCUUUUGGUUUGGUUUACGGAGAACAAGGAGGAAAAUAUAAAUUUUAUGGAAUUAAAACAGCACAAUCUGCUGAUCAAGCUGUUCUUGCUAUUCGGGAUAUGUUCCAAGUUGUUUUUGAAAUGAAAAAGAAACAUAUUGAACAAGUUAAACAACAACAAUCUGAAGGAGCUGCGACUAAUGUAAGUUUCUUUUUGUUGGUUAACUGGUUUUUUAUUUCUAAGCUAACAGUAAAAAGUUAUGUAGUCGAUAAAUGAUGUAAUUAGUCACAGUGUUAUCCUCAUCUCAUUAAAAAAAAGAAAUGAGGAUUGAUUGAUUGAUUGACGGAUUUUAUGAUGGCAAAAAAACUGGAUUUUUUUUGAGAAAUUGAAAAUUUUAAAUGAGCUUUUUCAAAAAUAUCAAUAAAAUAUUUUUUCCAGCAAACAACUGAAGGAGGAGUUGCUGUUGCUGAUCUUUUGGAUCUUGAAUCGGAAUUGCAUCAAAUUGAACAAGGUGUUCAACAAUUGGCAACAGUUCCAACAAAUAUUGAUGCAUUUGGAGCUACACCAUUUGGUGAUCCAUUUGUUGAUAGUUUCAAUACAACGGGUAAUUCAACAGCGGUUUCGAAUAAUUCCGGAUUCUCAAAUGCUUUCUCACCAUUUGGUUCAACUACACAAUCACCAAUUCAACAACAACAAGCCUGGCCACAAACAUCUCAACAACAUCCACAACAAUUUGGACAAUGGCCACAAUCUCAACCACAACAACAACAACAUCAACCAAUUCAACAUGCUCAUAGUACUCCAGCUUUUUCGGAAACAAAUCCGUUUGCUACUGCUGCUUUUGGAGUUGCUCCAAGUUUGCCACAAACUCAACCAUUACUUAUUCCGGCUGCACAUGAUCCAUUUGCUGUCGGUGGAUUUACAGGAAGUGUUGAUUGGAACGGAACUGGAUCUUCUAUCCCAAAAGAGAAUCAAGCACCAAUUGUUCCAUCACAAGCUCCAAUUCAUCAUGCUAAUACUUUUGCCAAUUUUGCUGACAACAAGUGAGUUUUUUUUUAAAUUUUAGACUUUGGGUUCCAAAAAUUAGAAGUUCACCAGAAAAAUUUCAAAUUCUUACUUUGUCCCAAAACGGGUUAACCAAGAUCUGAUUGGGUAGAAAUUAAUUCAGAGUUCAAAAUAUUCUGAUUUUUUUCAAUAUUGACUCCGGUUUUGGGAAAUCAAAACAUGCUUCAUUUCAUGUCUAUCUUCCCUUAAAUUGCCUUAUUUUUCAUAUCUGAUCAUUUAAUGAUUUUCUCUGAAUUACGGUUUUAAAAAUCUGAACAUUUUAGAACACAAUUUUGGAACCUUAUCAAAAAUUUAAUUAAAAAAGUAGAGAUCCAUAUUUUUAGACUUGAAUAAAUUACAUAGAAUUUUAGAAAUCUGCUAUUUUGAACGUGAACUCUUCUUUCUGUCAUCUAAUUUUCAAUUUUUCAAAAAUAUUUCAAAUUUUUCCAGAAUCGCUUCAAACAAUUGGGAAGAAAAACGUGUGACAUCGCUAGAAGAAGCUUUCACAAAAUUAGUCGAUAUGGAUGCAUUGAUUGGCGGAACUGCUGGAAACGAAACAAAAAAGAAUCCAUUCGAACAUAUUUUGAAUCCACCAAAAGCAUCAUUGAACUCAAUUUCGGCUUCAUGUUCUGCUGCUCAAAUGGCCGCCACGCAGAAUCCAGCUGUUGCCGUUUCAGCUGAUCCAUUUGGUGAUGAUCCAUUCUUCAGAUAA